AAGAAAAAAGAAAGAAGAAAGAAAAAACCAGACAUGGGCAAAGAGAAGCAGUAUUGGCUUCUGAAAACAGAGCCAGGAGAGUGGUCGUGGGAGGACCAAGCAGCCAAUGAGGGCAUCACCAAGUGGGAUGGAGUCAAGAACAAGCAGGCCCAGAAGUACCUCAAGUCCAUGAACCUGGACGACCUCUGCUUCUUCUACCACUCCGGCGCCAAGGCCCGCCGCAUAGUCGGCGUCGUGACGGUCGUGCGUGAAUGGUAUUCGGAAGGUGAAGGUGGAGAUGGUGCGGUUGAUGUGAAGGCAGUUGGGGAGAUGAGGAGGCCGGUUGACUUGAAGGAGAUGAAGGGGGAGGAGGGUCUCAAGGGUUUUGCUCUGUUUCGGCAGCCGAGGCUGUCGGUUGUGCCGGUUUCGGAGGAUGUGUGGUUGAAAGUUUGUGAUUUGGGAGGUGGGUUUGAAGGUGAUGGUGUUGUUGUGGAAGAUGAUGAAUCUGGUGAUGAAGGAGACGAUGAUUGAUUAGGAGGGUUUUGUUUUGUUUUGUUUUUUUUUGUGUGGUAGGUGUUUGUGAUAAUGCCUCGAUGAACCAAGCUACUUUGUAUUUUGGAUUGUGUUUUAUGGGAAAUAGUAGAAUUGGUUCAGAUGUCCAUUUUGAUUUUGUUUGAUCGGUUAAAGGGAAUUUAGGCAUGUAAUCAGUAGGUUUAACCUGCACAAAAUGUAUGCGAAUGUGGGAGAUUGAAUUUUCUAAUAUGGAAAUCGAUUUUUGCUUU